AUGCCGUCGUUUGCCACACCCGUUCUGCAGUUUGACGAGGCGCAGCUCGAGCACAUCAACAACAAGCUCAUCACCAUGACUCCUGCGCAGGUACUCGAAUGGGCCUCAGUCACAUUCGACGGUCUCUUCCAGGAAACCGCCUUUGGGCUGACUGUCCCCGUCAUCUUUAUCGACACCCUGCACCACUUUGAUGAAACCUUAGACUUGGCCAAGCGCAGCCAGCAAAAGUACAACUUCAAUCUCCACACAUUCAAGCCUGCAGACUGCGAAACUCGCGAGGACUUUACCGCCAAGCAUGGCGAGGAGCUGUGGAAGUCUGACGAUGUUGUCUACGACUAUUCGGUCAAAGUCGAGCCGGCCCGCAGGGCAUACGAGCAGAUGCAGGCCCGGGCACCAAAAGGAGACCGCGCGACCCUGCAGAUUGUUGAGAUCGAGAAGGGCACCGGUUUGGUGAAAAUUAACCCUCUGGCUACAUGGUCGUUCCAGCAGGUUUGGACUUAUUUGCGCGCUAAUGAGGUCCCCUAUAAUGUGCUUUUGGAUCAGGGAUACAAGUCCGUGGGCGAUUACCAUAGCACGAGAGCAGUCAAGGAAGGCGAGGACGAGCGGGCUGGUCGCUGGGCUGGGUCGGAGAAGACUGAGUGCGGGCUUCACAAGGAUUACUUUGCCAUGCGCGCCGCUUUGUAG